AAAACUGGCGAUUAACGGAUAUCACCGAAUAGUGCCCCACAGCCAAGCACCAAAUAGUGUAUCCAUUAUGUUCGCCAAGCCGGCCAAGUUGAGCGGCAACGUGCUGCUCAAGAACAAGGACGCCAAGAAGCUCCGUCGCGACGUGGCCGACAGCUUCAAGAGCACGUGUGAUGGCCCGGAUGACGUCAAUCUCAAGCAGCUGCUGGCCUCCAAGGCCUCUGUGAAGAAAAUGAGCUUCCAGGCGCCAUCCCGAGUCGUCGUUUACGCAGCAGAGGAGACCAAGGAGCCGCUAAUCUUUGACACGUCGGGCAAGGGAGACUUCUGCUUCAGUGUGUAUGCACUCUGGCGUUUUCCGACGCUUCUCCCACCUCUGGUGGUGCACGCGCCCGUGAGCGAGUUCGUAUUACGAGGAGCCGAUGUGAUGCUUCCGGGCGUGGUGUUUACGUCUGAGGAGCAGCUUCAAUCGCUACGCAAGGGUGAACUCCGAGCUGUUUAUGCUCGAGGCAAUCCCUGUGCAAUUGGAGUGGGCGAGAUGCUCGUGGACGCAGCCGAGGUGGAGCGCAGCGGCAAAAAGGGACGAGCACUGAAGCUCUGGCAUGUUGUGGGGGACUCGUUGUGGCAAAUGGGGCCGCAGACGCUGCCUAAUGAAGGAUUUCUAGGCGAAAUGGUGGUGCCUAUUGAAGGUGAGGAAGACGCUGGCGUCACGCUGGAAGGAGUGACGCUGGAAGAGGAGAAGGAGGAGGAGAAAGAGGAAGAAGAAGUGACCAAACAACAGAUGGACAGUUAUUAUGUGGCAGCGCUAUUACAGGCUCUCAGGACGGGAAAAAUUCGAGAGAAGGAUCUGCCAAUGCUGGCCAGUUCGUUCCAUGCCAAUGUUCUACUACCCUGCCGUCGUGCUGGUGUAUCGCUGAAUAUCAAACACAGCUCCUUUAAGAAGUUAUCUGUGUUCUUAAAGGCUAUGGCUGCGCAUGGACUACUGGCUGUGGCGGAUAAUGACGGUGUACAAUCGAUCAGAGAAAUCGCCAGACGCCACCCGGAUGUGUUGUCACACGAGCCGUACCAGACCGACGAAGAAGCCCAGCAGGAAGAACAAGCCGCUGCCAAUAAAGCUGCUGGACUGCCUGCUUUUGUUCCUGGCCAAUACGCUCCUGAAGUGGAGGAAUGCAUCGGUCUAUCGCUUGCGCUCAAGACCCUUCUUCCGUCAGUCUUACCAAAUACUUCUGCUAGCCAACUGCUUAAAAAGUACUGGUCACCUGCUGAGGUCCGUGAUUUGGUCACUCAGUGCAUUGAAAGCCAAGGACUGGUAGACGCUGACAACAAGAAGUUUGUGCGGCUGAACGGUCCGCUUACAGAUGCGCUUUAUGGCAAGAAAAAGCCUUCGGGUGGCUAUCCAGAGCGUCUUGCUCGACCAGAGAUCCUUAACCUGCUGUUGUCCAAGUGUACGCGUUACCACCGAAUUAAGCUGUUCCCGACUCAUGCUGCCAAGCUCCAUGGCGGCAGCUUGAAGCCGAUCACGAUCCACGCUGAGAAGCUGAAGCGUAGGAACAACACGACAAUCACAAACAUUGCGUUCUACCAGCAGUUCGGUAUCGAUGGCGCUGCAUUUGCCAAGGAAGCCCAGAAGAGAUGGGGCUGUAGUGCUGCUGUGCAGACGUCGGAGGACAAAAGCAAGGGCGAGGAGAUCCAGGUUCAUGGCCACAUGACAAACGAAGUGUUGGAGUACUUGGCCACCAAGUACCGCAUUAAUGCCAAGUACUGCAGUGUGACAUACGGCAAGGAUGUCAAGGCCAAGAAGAAAAAGUAAGUGUACGAAUGAGAACAUUGAAAAUGUAGUCGUGCAGUUUAUCUAGGACGUUUUAGGAGGUAGCGACCUCUUCUAUCAGCGGCGAUGAAGCAGAGGAUGUAGACGUUCCCGAUUUGCGUUUCUUCUUUUUCUUGCGAGAGGUGGUGUCGGUAGAGACGGUAGCACCAGUUGUCGAAGACGUCGCAGUAGUAGUGGUAGUAGUGGUCUUGCCCUUUGACUUGUUUGAAGAUUUUUUCUUCUUGGUCGUU